UUUUGACAGAAUAUAUGCAUUCGUCCCUACUAUUAGGACCUAAUACACGGGCGUCGGCACCAGUUCGGGCCGGCAACAGCCAAGAUAAGGCCGGAUCAACUCUUUCUGUUCGACUUGACUUCGCAUCUCAUACUUGAUUUCGAACGCAACAUGGCCAUUGAGCUAGCACCAAUCACCCUCCCCGCCACUGCCAGUCGUACUGAUUUUGACCCUGAUUUUGGUCGGGAAGUCAAGAACGUGAGCCCUGGCGAACUAACUCCUGAGCAAUUCAAGGAGAUUGAGACAGCUUUGUACACUCAUGGAAUUUUGCUGUUCAGAGAUGUUACUCUGACACCGGAACAACAGUAUGCUCUAACAAAGGCUUUUGAUCCCGAGUCCGAAUCAUACGGACAUGGUAACAACAAGACUCAGUCGACCAAGAAGUCUAUCCUUCACCCAGAUCUUAAGACGAUUCCUCGGGUUCCUCAAGUUCAACUCAUUGGCAAUGGCAUGGUCUACAACCAUGAGGGUCUUGAAUCCGCUGCUCUCAAGCACCCCUCGCAUACAUCCUUCCACAAGACUCGUGUCUCUGCCGAAAACGAGGCCCUGGGCUUCACCAGAUUCUAUCGCUGGCACAUCGAUGCCGCGCUGUACGAUUACAAUCCACCUCGUGCGACUACCCUCUAUGGUAUCACCGUGCCUGAGGGUGAUAGGCAGACUGUCAGGUACAGCGAUGACGAUGAUCUAUCUGGAGAAACCCUAUCUGUGCCUUUGGGGACCACAGCUUUUGUGUCAGGAAAGAAGAUGUUUCAGAUCCUGCCGCCUGAGUUGAAGAGCUUUGCCGUUCGGACCUCUGUUCGGUACGCACCCCAUCCUUACGUCUGGAUGGCGCCUGCCCGUGCGAAGUCGGACGGUCUAGGAAUCGUGAACGAAGGUCUGGAAUUGCCGCUGAACGAACUUCCAGAGUGGGAGCAAUCGAAAAUUAAAACGCUGCCUAUUCUUUGGAAGAACCCUGUCACAGGCGAACUACACUUCCAAGUGCAUCCCUGCGGUGCUCAAGAACUUAUCGUGAAACCCUUACCACCCGGCGCUUCCCGUGAGGGUGCUUUAUACCCCGAUGGAGAACAUAUCAAGGACCUUGGGAAGGUUCGCGAACUUCUGCACUUGAUGCAACGGCCCGGUAUCGCCCCCGGGUUGGUGUAUCCGCAUGAUUGGAAGGAACGCGAUCUCGUCUUGUUCCACAACCGCGGUUUGCUUCACACCGUUGUCGGUGCUUUCAAGCCCGAUCAAGUCCGCGCAUUCCAUCAGUGCAACCUCGCCGCGUCCGAUGUUCCCACUGGCCCCACGGAGCAGGAUAUCAUUGCAUGGGCUUGAAGUGCAUUCACAUGUCUGAAACGGUCACUAUCUGAUCAUUCGCUAUCGGAAGCAUAUAUAUGGAACUGUACGAUAUCAAUAUGACACUCGCUUUGCUUCAAUACUCGCACACACAUAUUCUCUUGCAAUCAAUGUACUCAUCACAAUGGAUUACCUGGUCAUCUUGUAUCCAAACUAUAGCGUUGUCCAAACAAUUUGU